AUGACAUCCACAGCACCGUGGGCCUCGACGUCCAACUCGAGCUCAACAUUGGCCACGGACUCGUCGCCGUCCUCGACGGGCAGCUUGACCGCACCGGCGAAAGCUGCUGCAGAACCCAAGCGACCCAUCGCCGUUCGCGCUUGUGAGUCGCCCGUCGCUGCUGCGAUUAAGUCGACUCGACCACGAGUUUCCUGGAGCCUGGCGUGUGAACGUGGCUGACCGUGAUCUGCCCUUGGAACGAUACAGGCGACGCGUGUAGAAGACGCAAGACGCGAUGUUCGAACCAAACAGGUCCGUCGUCGUCCAGGCACAGCUUGCUUUCUCACGCUCUCCGAACCCCCCCCCCCCUCUUCCGGCCCAAGCCCCCAGCCGGCGAUGGCUGUUACUUCGCUGAUGCGCUGGCGAUGAGCCCGAGCUGACCCGCCGCUUGACGACUGGCCGAUCCCCUUCCCUGACUACCUCCUUACACAGAUGAUGGUCAGUCCUAAGCUUUCUCGACGCGGUCAUGACGUGAUCCGAGGCCUAGCUGACGAGCUCACUUGCAACUUGGGACUCCACCACCAGGAUCGGCGCCGUGCUCGUACUGCUCCUCGAACAAUGUCCCGUGCACGUACGAGCCGAUCAAGCGCGGCGUGCCCCUCGCGGACCCGGCCGAGUUGCUCGAGGCGCGCAUCAAGUCCGUCACCAGCCGUAUUCAGGAGCUCACCAGCGACGGCGGCGUCAAUCUGAUCAAGAUGCUCGACGAGCUCAUCGAAAACCACGAUCAUGACGUGCUAUGGACCCAGCAAGGGAUCGAGAUCGAGCAUCUCGCGCGGCAGAUCCGCGCCGAGCGCAUUAAGUCGCUGUCGCCGGCUGGCACGCCUUCGUCAUCGUCAACAACGUCGCACGCCAUCCGGAACCGAGGAGGGGCUUGGGAUUCACUCGAAGAUGAUAUUGCGUUAGAUCGAGUCCGUUUUAGUCGAAGCCGUCGAGAGCGUAGAUCUCGAGCGUUGAUCGUCUCUUUUCGAACCACAGGUUCACUACGUUGGACGUGGAUCGAGUCCCUUCUUUCUCCAGAAGCUCGUGCGCGAUAUGCGGGCACCUGCACCUAUCAUCGAUCCCGACGAACCGCCUUCGCUUGUUGGUGAAUUGCUCGAGCUCGACUACCUGAACGGGUCGAAGCCGCCGAAUACGCUCCCGCCUCCGGAUCUGUUGCGCAAAUUGAUCGAUGCCUACUUUACCGAGUUCAACGAUCGCCAACUGCCUAUCUUGCACCGCCCUUCGUUUGAACGCGCUCUCAACGCCAACAUGCACUUGUCGAAUAAAUCGUUUCGUGGUCUUGGUGAGCAUGCAAUCCCACUUUCAAUCCACACGUCAACGUUUGUUCUAACCCCAAUGGCAUCUUCCCGUCCCCCGCGCAGUAUUCAUGAUUUGUGCGCUCGGAUCGCGAUGGGUCGAGGAUCGGCGAAUCGAUAAGAUCAUCGCCAACACGUCCGAUUCUUCCGGGAAGAAUGCUGAGCCCUGCAUUUGCAAGGGCUUGAAUUGGUAUCGCGCCGCGGUGGGCGAAGAUUUCAGUUCGGUCGCUGCGGUGAUCCCCGCGACAUUGUUUGAUGUUCAAGCCUCCGUCCUUGGCAUCUUUUACCAAAUGGGGUCCAUGACUCUCGUUCCCGUGUGGAGCUCCAUAGGGAAUGCGCUGCAAAAAGCAGUGGACGUCGGAUGUCAUCGAGAGACUCGGACGCGGUGGACGAGCUCACCGCUCGAGGAUCAGCUGCGCAAGAGGGCCUUUCACACGCUCUACUCGCUAGACCGGGCCAUCUCUACGAAUUUGGGUCGACCAACGUCCAUCAUCGACGACGAUAUCGAUCUUGACUAUCCUCUCGACAUCUCGGACGUUGAUUUGGACGACUACAAUCUGCGAGGACCCAAGAGCACACCUCCAGCAACUCGGGAUCCCUCGGUUGUCGCACUUAUCGAGUGCAUGUCUCGUCUCUCACGGAUCUUUGGGCAAAUGUUCAACGCGCUCUACGGAAUUCACCGGCCGACGACGGCAGAGGCUUGUACGGCCCUCGUGACUGAUCUGGAUCAGCAGAUGAAUGACUGGGCAUGCGCGGUCCCCACCCAUUUGAGAUGGUCAGUGGAGUGACAUGGUUACCAACGAGGCCCAACAAGACGUGAACUGAGAUUGGCAUCUUGAUUGUUUUGCAGGAACGGCGAAAAACUGGACCCCAAGUUCUUGACGGCAUCAGCGAUCCUCUACAUCUCGUACUACGAGCUGCAGAUUCGUAUUUUCCGCGACUUCGUCGCCCCCAGUCGUUCGGUCCUCAUCCCCCUUCGAGCACUCGACAUUUGCGCGCACGCAACCUCGUCGAUUGCCUACAUCAAUAAUUGGAUGCUGCAAGCAGGACGGAUAGACGACUUGUUCUGGACAGUUGUGCAAAAGGUAUGUCUUCAUUAGAUGUGAGCCAGCGCGUAGCUGGAUUGUCAAACUGACUCCGUGGUUCAUUUUCCGCUCGUAGAUGGGUGUGGCGUUUCUCACAGUCCUCACUUUCAUGUUCCGACAAGGAGCCUCGGGUGCAUCGCCGGUGCCAUCCACUUUGCGCGACACCCGCAUCUUUACGCACAUGUUCCAAAAGCUGUCUAAGCACACUCUUCUCGCUCACAUUGCCAUGACGUACAUGCGGCGUCUGAUGGAAACCGCUGUAGCAACCUACCCGAACCUCAUCGCUUAUCUCGAGACGGGUACGCCGGGCAGUACGCCCCCAGCCACAGUGGCGAGUACAUCCGGCACGACUCUGCCGACGAGGGAGACGCAGCCCGCUGUCUCAUCGGCUCAACCGACGGAACCAGAUGCAGAGCGAUCUGGAGGGCCGGUUCAUCCUACACUCGGAGGGGUCACGUCCAUGCUCGACAAUAGCCAGCUUAAGAACGCCCAAGACACCGUCGCUGCAACGCAUCCGGAUGCGACCUCAGCUGCGCCGAAUGACGCUUUCGCGCCCUUGUACCCGCAGCCCCAGGCCACCGACGCCUCAACAUCCUUGCCGACAUUCCAGAUUGCGCGGCCUAGUCUGUGGCUCCCUUCGUCGAGCUUCGGGGCGCCCUCUUCUUUGAUCACCAAUCCGUACGACCCGAUGCUGAUGAGCGACAAUCUGCGCGCCACUGAUCUGACGCCCUCGGCGGCGCAGCCGACUUCAUUGAUCCCUGGCGCGACGCCCACGCAAGCCGAUGCCAACUUGCUUAACCCGUUCGACGCGAUCUCGUGGAACACGUUCCCAACUUUCGAUCCGACACUGGUCGGUGACUCGACUCUCACCAAUCAGUACUUUGAUCCUCUUGCCAUGCCUCACGAUUGGCUACUACGCUCGGGGGGCUUUACGCCGAUGUGA